ACGUUUGCCGUGGGCGGGAGGACCGGAUCGAGAGCGAGAGGACGCGCGGCGCGGAGCUUGUGGAGGAGGCGCGGCUUCCACUGCCCCUCCGCCGAAACAGCUGCAUGGACGACCACCUCAGCCUCCUCCACUCGCCUCCGCCUUCCUCGAGCAAGCACCGGGGCAACAACCUCGUGAACCACGGCUACACUGAAGACAUCAUGACAAUUGUUGCAUGCGACAACAUGCUGGAGGAGUCGGCGGCGCUGCCUGGGCACCACUCUCUGGAGCGCUAUGAGCCAGACCACGAGUGCUGCGAGAGAGUUGUCAUCAAUAUCUCGGGCUUGCGCUUCGAGACGCAGCUCAAAACCCUGUCCCAGUUCCCUGAGACUUUACUUGGCGACCCCAAGAAGAGAAUGCGCUACUUUGACCCCCUCAGAAACGAGUAUUUCUUUGACAGGAAUCGGCCGAGCUUCGAUGCUAUCUUGUAUUAUUACCAAUCCGGAGGGCGCAUACGGAGACCCGUGAACGUUCCCAUAGACAUUUUUUCCGAAGAGAUACGCUUCUACGAGCUCGGGGAGGAGGCCAUGGAGAAAUUUCGAGAGGACGAGGGCUUUAUAAAGGAAGAGGUGCGUCCUCUGCCCGCUAAUGAGUUUCAGCGACAGGUGUGGUUGCUGUUUGAGUACCCGGAGAGCUCGGGUCCGGCUAGGGGCAUCGCGAUCGUCUCGGUGCUGGUCAUUUUGAUAUCCAUCGUCAUCUUCUGUCUGGAAACGCUACCCGAGUUCAGGGACGACAGGGACCCGACGACGGUCGCGCCGCGGGCGAACGCAACUCUCCCGUUCUUCACCAGUCCCUUCUCUGACCCGUUCUUCGUGGUGGAGACUCUGUGUAUCAUCUGGUUCUCCUUUGAGCUGCUCGUGCGUUUCUUCGCGUGCCCCAGCAAAGCCACGUUCUCCAAGAACAUCAUGAACAUUAUUGACAUCGUGGCCAUCAUACCUUAUUUCAUCACUUUGGGGACCGAGCUCGCGGAAAGGCAAGGCAACGGCCAGCAGGCGAUGUCCUUGGCCAUUCUUAGGGUCAUCAGACUGGUGCGAGUGUUUCGGAUUUUCAAACUCUCGCGGCACUCCAAAGGGCUCCAGAUUCUGGGGCAAACGCUCAAAGCCAGCAUGCGAGAGCUGGGCUUGCUGAUCUUCUUUCUCUUCAUCGGGGUCAUCUUAUUCUCGAGCGCCGUCUUCUUCGCCGAGGCUGACGAUCCCGACUCGGGCUUCAACAGCAUCCCUGAUGCGUUCUGGUGGGCGGUGGUAACCAUGACGACCGUGGGAUACGGCGACAUGCAUCCAGUCACCAUAGGGGGCAAAAUCGUCGGCUCCCUGUGUGCGAUCGCGGGCGUGUUAACUAUCGCUUUGCCAGUGCCCGUCAUCGUGUCCAACUUCAACUACUUCUACCACCGAGAGACUGAGGGAGAGGAGCAGGCGCAGUACCUCCACAUCGGCAGCUGCCAGCCUCUGUCCUCCUCCGAGGAGUUGAAGAAGACGCGGAGCACGUCGUCGCUCAGCAAGUCGGAGUACAUGGUCAUCGAGGAGGGCGCCUUCAAGCAGCCCAACUUCCCCGCCCAGAACAACCAGAACUGCGUGGACAUUAAAAAGAUGUUCACGGACGUGUAGGCUAUUCUAGUCUGCCUGAUGAUGGCAACGCUGUAGGUUCGUGUCAUGACAGUCAAGUGCUGCUGAGUGUGUCGCCCUCCAUUUCCACGACGCAGAGGAAAUGGUUACAUGUCUAACGCGCCAGUGCCAUGCAGUGUUUAUCACCUGUUUGACUGAACCAUUUUACUGUGAGGAGGAAGCCGCCAUCGGCUUUCAGUCCGUUUGCUGUCGUUAGGGUACGUUCAUUCAUAUAGGCAAUGUGUGACAUCCGUGUGGCAAGCCGCUUUAACAGCUAUUCCUUAAAACUAACUACCACCUGCUAUUAUUUUACUAGUCAUUUUGAUUACAAUUGAGUAAUCCAGCAAGGUUUUCAAUUGCUAUUGUAACUAUUUUCAGAAUAGAAAAAAAUUCAAAUGUACUGGCAAUUUUUUGCCAGGAUAUUAUCCUUUAAUUUUUACAGACAUUUCCUUUAAUCCUAAAACACAG